UCACCUAAUCAUUUAAUUUUUCUUUCCUCCUUCCACAUUCUCAUCAUUGGGUCCUGCUACUUUCACCAUGGAGCAGCCCCUGCUCUCCGAUCCCAACACCUCCACCACCCCAUGUGGCAGUGCUAAUACCAACUCUCCUGCAGGUGAAUCCUCCACCGAUCCCCCCACCACCCUCGCUGGCCUCGCCUUCGUCCUCAUCUUCGCAUCCAUCUCUCUCUGGGCAAACCUCGAAGCCGGCAAAGGCUUCGACGUGUCCAUCCUCAACGCCGCCCCCGCCGGCACUCUCGCCGCCCGGCGCUUCGAUCUCCUCUUCGUCUCCAACGGCAGGGCUGCCCGAAUUGUCCUGAAUGCCAGCGAAUUCGUGGAACGAAUCCUCUACCCCAACGAACUGUACCCUCGCAAGCCGGUCCGCAGCGUGACCCUCCGCCUGGCCGGCCAGAACCUCAGCGGGGUCGUGGCAGUUAGUCAUGGAGAUGAUCCCCACCUUCCCGGCGACUACGUGAUUCAUGUGAGCCCGAGCGUGAUGGCCGAGGCCGAUCCGGGGUUGUCGUUGGUCUCGGCGGUGCAACAGGCCAUGGCUCGCGUCUGGCUCUGGGACGUGGGCGGCGCGCCGCCGAAGUGGCUCGUGGACGCCAUGGUGGAGUACCUUAGCUUGUCGGCCGGGUUCGCCGGCAACGCCGUUCCACUACGACCUGGUGGUUCGUGCUGGGGAGAGGAUGAGGACCCACCUAGUGUUGCACGAUUUUUCAAGUUCUGUGAAGAGAGGAGGCCUGGGUUCGUAGCUCGGUUGAACCGAGCCAUGAGUAAGCACUGGAACGAUAUCAUGGUGGACGAGGCGUUGGGCUCAUCGUCUCGACGGAUGUGCUCGGCCUAUCGUUCGAGGACACGUCAGCGUGGGGAAGUCUCCGGUCCCAAGUCAGUGUUGGGGGCCAUGUGAAAAAUUGAUGGGGGAAUGGAAUCAUCCGCGGGCGAUGAUGUGUAAGGGAAGGAGUGGUCCAGGCUUCCUGGAGGUUGGAACCAUGGUCCAUGGGUAGGAGGAGGUGGGGGCCCCGGGAACCAGGAAAUCCAGCCACAAUUACUCAACUAGGCCUACGCAUUUAUGGCCCUGCAAUGAAUGCGUUGGCUGCGCGGAUCGGCCCUGCUUCUAUUAUCCAGUAGUUGCUAUAUUCGUGGUUUACUUCCGGUUCCAUCGUCCGAUUUCUUCUCUCUCCUCAUUGUUAAACUGCUUGCAGGGAAAUGCAGCAUAUUCUUCUUGUAGGUGACCUAUCUCUAUCUGGCGCAAGUUUAUACCAUUUAUUUUUUUUCAAAAAUUCUGGUGGCCAUCCACUACUUAGUUUUUUGUUCUA